AUGGAGGACGACCAGGGGAGCGACAACGAGUAUGACUACGAGUACGAGGACGAUGACAUCGAUGACGAUGACAUGGCGGCCGGCGGUGGAGACUCCGGAGGCGGCAGCAGCGCGAGCGGAGGCGGCGGCGGCGCGGCGGGGGGGUCAGGGAAGGGCGCCCGGGGCGGGGGGGGCUCGUCCGCCGCCGAGGCGGAGGUGGACCUAGCCCUCAGGGACGACACCGCGGUGGCCUUCAUCGACCAGGCGCAGCUCAAGGUGCUCAUGUCCAAGGUCGUCUCUGACAUCAGCGAGACUGUGAACAUUUCUGCGGAAGCUGCGACGGCAUUGCUUCGACAUUUUUCCUGGAAUCGCGAGCGCUUGUUCGACCAAUACUACACGUCGCCGGAGUCGGUGAUGGAGAAGGUCGGCAUCGCCGCCGGCGGGCACAAGACCGGUUCCCUCAAGGACGGCGAGAAGCUCGAGUGCCGGAUCUGCUGCGAAGAGUUCACCGCCAAAGAGGCGUACGCGCUCGCGUGCAAACACUUCUUCUGCCGAGGGUGCUGGGCUGCGUACCUGGGCGCAAAGGUGCAGGAGGGUCCGACGUCCGUCUACACGACGUGCCCGGAGCACAAAUGCCCCCAGAUCGCGAGCGAGAGCACCUUCUCCGAGUUCCUGUCUGCGGAGGACCUGAAGCGCUACCAGGCCUUCUCGCUGACGAGCUUCGUGGACAUCAACAAGAUGCUCCGGUUCUGCCCCGGGAAGGACUGCGGGAUGGUGGUGAAGGCGCCGCUGAGCUACCCGCGGAGCGUGCGGUGCAACUGCGGGUCGGUGUUCUGCUUCCGCUGCGGGGAGGAGGCGCACGACCCGGCUUCGUGUGAGGAGCUGGCGAUGUGGAAGGAGAAGUGCCAGAACGAGAGCGAGACGGCCAACUGGAUCCUGGCCAACACCAAGCAGUGCCCCAAGUGCAAGACGCGCAUCGAGAAAAACCAGGGGUGCAACCACAUGUCGUGUCGACAAUGCAAGGCGGAGUUUUGCUGGAUCUGUAUGGGUGACUGGAGCGAGCACGGGUCUAGCUCGGGAGGUUACUAUAAGUGUAACAAGUACGAGGCGAAGGAGGGAGACGGGGACAACGACGUCGCCAAGGCCAAGGCGGAGUUGGAUCGGUACCUCCACUACUACAAGAGGUAUCAGGCGCACGACUCGUCGCAGCAGAUCGCGGAGAAGCAGCAGGACGCGACAGAGCGGCGGAUGGUGGAGCUGCAGGAAAGCUCGGCGGGAAGCGCGUGGAUCGACGUUCAGUUCUUGAAGACGGCCAUGGAACAGCUUAUCGAGUGCCGCCGCGUGCUCAAGUACACGUACGUGAUGAGCUACUACAUCGAGGAGAAGACUCCGGCGAAGGAGCUGUUCGAGCACCACCAGGAGAACCUCGAGAAGUACACGGAGCGCCUGCACGAGCUGUCCGAGUCUCCCCUCGAGAAGAUCGAGCGCACCAACGUCAUCAACUACACCCGCUGCACCGACCGCUUCUGCAAGAGCCUCCUGCAGAGCGUUCAGGACGGACUCCAGGGAUCGGUGUAGGGGGUGGGGCCAUGGUCCAGGGGGGUUGUUGGCUCUGCGUUGUCUGGGACCAGAGAAAGCACACGUCGCACGUUUAGGGGGGGAGGGGGUCUCCUAGAGACGGACCGGGCUCUCGUAGGUAGGUUAUUAGUCGGUCGUAGGAGGCAGGGUGGUGGGUUUCGCGCGGAAGGAACCGUUGCUUUGCCACGAGCAGGCAGUGGUUAGAAGGUUGUUCUGUGCGAGGUGUUUAGGGGUAGGCGGUUGCGACGGCGGCGGCGGCGGCGGCGGCGGCGGCAUGUCGUUGUCGCAGCUGGUAUCGCUAGGGAAGCCCCACUGUCCCCCCAAGAGCGAGGUGCCUCGUGAGGGGAAUGGGCAGGGGGUGUAAACUCUUUUGCUGGCCGUAUUUGGGUGUAUCCUAGGCCGUCUCGUACCCCUGAUCUGCUGUCGGCACGGAGUUGAACGGUGUUUCGCUCGCCCGGCAGGCAGUGGGGGCACCCAGUGCGAAGCGCCGUGAGGUAUCCAUUCACGUUGAAGGAACGGGUUGGCUGUGAAAUAAAAACCGUUCGCGCGGUGUACUUGGGCAGCUGAUCUCUUCGCAUUGUUGGGAUGGCAGCUUCGAGCUUUACAGGGGGGGAGCCAGGGGCGGCAGUCGAAGGAGAAGGGCGACAAGGUUGUGCUGGGGGGCACGCGGGGGGGGGGACGCGUCUUGGUUCCGUAGCGCCGGAAAUGUGCAGUCGCGCGCCCUUUUCCGACGUUUGUUUUUGUUGCGUUUGCCAUGUGUUAUGUUUUAGCUGUCCGUGGUUUUAGGUUUUGUCAAGGGCGUUGUCGGAGAGUGUACAUCUGUUGGAGAGCCACGCGCCCUUUGCGACUGGGAGAGCAGCGCGUCGAGUGUUGUACAUCAUUUCAUGAUUUUUUCAUUUUUGAGGGGUGGGGAAGAGCAGCAGGAACGUGCGAUUCUCUCCCGUAUGACGUUGUCAGGGAUUCCCUUUUCAUGUUUUGCGCGCGGGGAAAGGUGGGCAGGUCCAAGAGCGAGAGUUUGAGCCGGCGGCCAACAUUCCCCAGAAAAUGAAAGAGAAAAGACUUUUGCUACGCGCUUUUCCCGUGAGACACUUUUUGGUUUUGGUCGUGACCUGGAUCAUUGUUCGUACGUGAACUUACGAGUCGGCGAGUGCUGUGCUACCACCGACCACCAUGAUGGUAGUCGACCGCAACUGUGGGUCUCACGGAAGCGCGCUGGUCUCUGUUUUUCCUUUUGUGGCGUUCCCACCUGUUUGUUGAACGUUAGACUACACCGUUGGGGAACAAGUAAUCUAUCUAUGUGGACAC